AUGACGUGCAUGGCUGCCAAUAAACCGAUGGAUCCCAUCCCUUACUCGUCUAAUGGCAGCGUGGAGGCACUGGAAGACGCGCCGCACUGCGCCCAAGAGAGCGGCGGAAAGGAGGACUGCCUCUACCUCAACGUCUACACAAGGCAGCUCGACGGGUCGGAUGGAGGUGCUGCUGUAAUGGUGUAUCUCCAUGGGGGUGCACUUACCAGCGGUUCUGGAGAUUCGACUGUCUACGGUCCUGAUUUCUUCCUCGAAGUGGACGGUAUCGUCUUCGUCACCCUCAACUACAGACUCGGCGCAAUAGGUUUCUUGAGCACCCAGGAUUCCGUCAUCCGAGGGAACUACGGCUUCAAGGACCAGAUCGUCGCCCUGCGGUGGGUGCAGCAGAACAUCGCCGCCUUCGGCGGGGAUCCCGGAAGAGUGACGCUGAUUGGGGAGAGUGCGGGCAGCACAUCCACCUCCCUGCACCUGAUGUCGCCUCUCUCUGCAGGUCUGUUCCAGAGGGCUAUCAUGCAGUCGAGCAGCGCCCUCGGUCCGCGGGGAGUGGCCACGACAGCUCGGGACAGAGCCUUCCGGUUGGCGGCCUCCAUUGGCUACCGGGGCGACAAUGGGUCCUCAGAAGAACUUCUGGCCUUCCUACGGGACGCAGACGUUGCUGACCUUGUCAGAGAUGAUGACCGUGCUCUCUCGGAUGAGGACAAGAAACGGUUCAGCACAUUUGCUUUCCUAGCCGUCGUGGAGGAGGAAUGGGAAGGUGCUUUCAUCACGGACAUGCCAACUGGAAUCCUGGAAAGCGGACACGUCAACCGCGUGCCGCUCAUCGCAGGCUUUAAUUCUGCCGAGGGCCUAGCCACCGUUAACGCAAAAAACGUGUUCUUGGACGAGGAAACGAUCGCAGCUUUCGACGCCAGCUUUGUCGAUACGAUCAGCUUGGACGUCACCGCAGGCGAUGAGCAAUACCGUCAGGAGGCCGCACUGAAGAUCCGCGAAUUCUAUUUUGGCCGUGACCCAAUCAGCAGUGAGGACUUCAACCGUCUUGUUCAACUAAUCAGCGACCUCUACUACAACGAACCUGUCGACAUGACUGUACGUUUACUGGUCAAUGCAUCUGUUGACGUUCCUGUUUACGAAUAUAAAUUCUCAUACAAAGGCGAAAACAGCGCAUUUCCACAAUACGAAGGUGUUACGCAUGCAGACGAACUGAAGCUGCUAUUCUACAUUCCAAAGAUGAAACAAAACCUGACAGAAACUUCCGAAGAGGACAUCACGAGAAGAAAGAUGAUUGAUCUUUGGACAAAUUUUGCUAAAUCUGGGAACCCAACACCGAGCCCUGUGGACGGCGUGACGUGGCAGCCGUACGGAAGCGACGCCCAGCGCCACUACCUCAUCAUCGACACGACGCUCGUCGCCGCCAACGACGUCUACAGCGCCAGGAUGGACUUCAUGCACUCGGUCAUGCACCCUCCUGCAGAUGCGCCAGCAAGCACGUCGGCAGCACUGUACAAGAGCGACAUAGCGGCUUUUAUGCUGCAGUUCGUAAUAUUGCUGUGUAUUUCGCAUUAA